AGACCACAGUGUCGACCAGAUUGCAGCCGCGCUCAAGGGAUGACAAAAAAACCACGGAUUCGAGCAAGCAAAAGGGCCCAGCGGACGAGACCAUGGACGCGAAAAAUACAGCCGUCGCCGAGGACGUGUACGAGUUCAAAUCUGUAAAGGACACCGACUCCUCGCCUGACCAGAAGGGCGCCGACGCCCUGCACCUGGACGCCGACGCCACGGAUCCUCUCAGCAUCACGGCGCCUCCGGCUGAGGACGCCGCCGCGAAAAGAAACAUAUCCGAAUUGACGGAUCCUCUAGAAGAGAAUCCUGGGAAUGACGAGGAAUCUCGCAGGAAGAAGAGGAAGGAUGAAACUGCCAAGGAGGGGAAGUCCACCGCACAAAGGAAUGCAGGCCAAACUAAAGGGCAGGGUGGGAAACAAUCUGGUGGAAGCCAAAAUAAAUCUGGAACCUUGAGUUCCAACAAGGCUAGUGGGGACAAAAAGAGUCCCUGUUCCAGCCCUAAGCCACCUGCACCAGAUGCAGAGACGGACGAUGGAAAAACUGAUUUAAAGGUUCCUCCAUUAAAAAUCGUCAUUCCGCAAACCACCAGCAGCGAACAGGAAUUAGGUGUUGGAAGGAAUGGCAAAAAUAGCUCCCAGAGAACGCAUCAGGCCUUGCCUUAUGUUGUUGCUAGUUCGAAUAGUGCUGAACCCAAUGAAAAGGAGACUGCUGCUGGUUCAACUAGCCCAGAAACUUCGUCGACAGCCAAAGGGGAGGACAAGAAGGAUUCCACCAAUUCUGGACCACUCGAGGAGAGGGGUGGAUCAAGCCAUCAAAGAGUCUUACGUAGUUCCCACCGGUCGGGAACUACUCAGGCCACAGACCGUGGAAGUAAUAAUUCCUCACCUCAAUUGCAGAGGUCCCAUUCUCCCUCUCCUUCGUCAUCGCCGGCAGCCCAACCCCAGAACCAAGCUGAUCCACCUACUUCUAGCGCUGCUCAGACUAACGCCACCUCAAAGUCUUCAGAUUCUCAGGCCCAACAAAAUAAUGAUACGGAGACUACAACGUCUUCGUCCUCAUCCACGGCCACCGUUAGCACUCCGGCCCCGGUAGAGCUUCACCCUCGUAAAAGGAAAAUGAAGCAGAACAAAGAACAGUCCGCCCCACAACCCGAACCUCCAGAGGUGCCUCCGGAGGCUCAAGUUCACCCUCACGAACAACCAAUCACUAACUGUUAUCAACUAUUCUUGAAUAUUCGAAAUCAGAUAAAUAAACGCCGCAGGGGUCUAUUUCCGGUACAGCCGAAACCACCGCAAGGUUUCAAAGACUACUUGAUGAACCGUUGCACAUAUGUACUUGCCGGAACAGCACCUACUACACCCAAUAUUACUUACCCCCAGACCUUACCGUCUCAAAUGAAGGACUUGUUCACUGAACAGGAGAAGGAGAGGUACAGACUGCGAACUCAGCACGUGAUAGAAAAGGAGAAACUGGUGCUGUCUGUGGAGCAAGAAAUUUUGAGGGUACACGGCAAGGCGGCCAGGGCUUUAGCCAAUCAGUCGUUGCCAUUUUCCGUCUGCACUAUUUUAAGGGAUGAGGAAGUGUACAAUUUGAUCACUCCCGAACAGGAGGAGAAGGACAGGAAUGCUCGGUCACGAUAUAAUGGGCGACUCUUUCUGAGUUGGUUGCAAGACGUAGACGACAAGUGGGAGAAAAUUAAAGAGCACAUGCUACUCCGGCACCACAACGAGGCCGAAUCGUUACAUGCUGUGCAAAAAAUGAAUUGGGAAUGGAAAAUGAAGGAACUGAAUCUCUGUGAUAGAAAGACUACGCCUAAAAUAGAUGAGACUCAUGUACCGAUGGUGCAUGUGUCCGACGAUUUCGACCUUUUACCGGCUUAAAAGGAGCGUGUUAAAAAUUAAGUAUUUUUGUUACUCAUUGUGAAUAAUAAUUUACUAUAAAAGUAAAAUUUAUAUUUACUGUC